ACAGUUUUCCUGUCAGCUGCCGGCGCUAGGUCAGACCCCUCCUGCGAGGCCAGGGGCUGUGGCCAUUGGGAGUUUGUCCCCAAGGACGCCUCCUCCCCCAGAGGGCACGCCAGUCUUGAAGCAACAUGAGCAGCCGGGAGACCCCCACAGAGCCCCCCGAGCCCGACGACCCCACCUGGUCAACUCAGCCCACGUAUAGCAACCUUGGUGAGAUCCGUGCCCACCUGCUGCCCUCCAAGGCCUGCCGCUCCCGGACCCCUGGGUCCCUCUCCACCGACCCACAGCCCCUGCCCCCACCCCUGCCCAAGAAGAUCCUAACCCGGACCCAGUCACUGCCCAACCGCAGGACCCCCCAUGCCAGCUCCAUCCAAGUACAGCUGCCUCGGAGGCCCUUUCUGGAGUCCCACAGUGUGGACGAGAGCCAGGCUGAGGUGGGACCAGCCUGUCCCCCUGCAGAGCUGACCUUUGGCCUGACUGAUGGCCCGCUGGGCCUCUCCCUCCGCAAUCUGCACAGUCCGGAGGCUGUGCAUGCUGCAUUGGCUGCCUGGCAGCUGCAGGGCCUCCAUGCCAUCUAUGCCCGGCUCCGUGCCCGGCUCAUGGGGGGCCACCCCGGGCCCUGCCGCCCCGGCCAUGGCUUCCGCCUCCUGGACAGCUCGCCCUGCGUAGAGAGCGGGGAUGCCCUGUACUACCGCGUGGUGCGCGUGCAUGAGGACGCCUGGCACAUCCUGGUAGCCAAGGUACCCAAGCCCGGGGCGGACGUGCCCCACCCGUGGGGCCUGGAGCUGCAGGCCUCCCUGUCUCCACACUUCAAUCUGCAGGGGUUGUGUGGCCUGGUACCUGAAGGCACACUGCCCGGGGCGCCCUGGAGAGGCGCGGUGGCGCUGGUAGCAGAGGUGCCAGAGCGCACAGUGGCGCAGUGGCUGGUGGAGGCCUGCACGCAGCCGCCGGAGGAGUUCGUGUGGGCGGUGGCCCUGGUGCUGCUGCAGCUGAGCGCGGCCCUGGAGUUCCUGGAGGCGUGGGGCGCGGCCCUGGUCGAGUUGCGGCCGGAGAACUUGUUGCUGGCGGCACCUCGGGGCUGUGUGGCCACGGGGCACCCGCGCCUACUCCUCGCUGACUUUGGCCGCGUCUGCCUGCAGCCCCCCGGACCCCCGGGCUCCCCGGGCCCCCACGCGCCGCAGCUCGGCAGCCUCCUCCGCCAGCUGCUCGGCCUUGCUGCGCCCUCGACCACGCCUUUGGCCGCGGGCCUGGAGCGCCUGGCAGCACAGUUGACCCGCUUGCAGCCCUCGGCGUCCAGGACGCGGGGCGCGCUGCAGGCGCUGCUCUGGGGGCCAGGGCCUGAGGUACGCGACCGCGGAGCACCGCUCGGUCCCUGGCUCAGGGCGCUCGGGCCCUGGCUGCGGUUGCGCCGUGGGCUGCUGGUCCUGCGCCUGGCAGAGCGGGCCGCAGGUGGGGAAGCGCCCAGCCUCGAGGACUGGCUGUGUUGUGAAUACCUGGCCGAGGCCACCGAGUCCUCUAUGGGCCAGGCCCUGGCGCUGCUGUGGGACUGAACCCAACCCAGGGCGAACACACCUGGUCCAGGCCUGCCCAGGAGGCAGGGCUGGGGCUGAGGUCAGCGUCUCUAUGAUAGCGAGGACAACCUCUUCCUGCAGAGUCCAGGGACGCAGCAGAAAGAGCAGUGCCCCCCUCCAGAGUCUCCCCUCUCGUGCUGGCGAUGUGGGUCAAGGGCUUCCCAGGAGUGCAGCUACCCCUCCAGGGCUGGGGGCUGGCCAGCGCCUCCUGGGUGGGCAGCAGCUCUCUAAAGCCAGGGCCCCCAGGCCACUUCCAGGUGUGGACACCCCCGCUGAUCAGUGUCUCUCUGUAUUCCGCCUUCCCCAGCAGCCAGGGCGCUCUUCCGCGGUGGGUCCUGUCAUUGUCUCCGUGAGAGGCCAAUGCCAGGAGCAGAGGCAUUCCUGGCCCUGGAGCACCCCCUUGUGCUGAAGACGGCCAGCGAUUCUGGGCAUGUCCCUAGUGGAGAAUUGCUUGGUGGUGACACAGGAAGGGAAGGCUCCCUGGGACCUUAGACACCCAGCUCAUCUCAGAGGCAUCUGGACUCACCAUCCCUAAAAUAGUCCCCGCGGCUCCCUGCCACCUCCCCACAAUCCCCAUGCGCCCACCCUGCCUCCCUCCCUGUUUCUCCAUGACACACUAACUUCUUUCCCACCCCCAAGCAUCUGUGCAGGCUGUUCCCUCUGCCAUACUGUUCCAGUUCCACUUUAAAAAAAUAAAGGUGCCCCCUCUGGGCCCUCGCUAGCUCCUUACCCUUCGUUCUCCGCCCACUCCCAGGAGCAUUUAUUCCUCUGUUACUGUCCCCAAGGCUGUGAGUUCCCUGGGGGCAAAGGCCAGGCUUGGCACACAGUAUGUGCUCACUUAAUACCGCAGGAUGAUGGAAUAAACAGGCACAGACGAGACUCACUGGAGGGGAAUGCAGUCUUUAUGCCUCUGACACACUGCACUGCACUUGCCUGUGGCCUCCUUCCUGGAGACUCAGAGUUGCCCUUCCAUUCCAUUCCCCAUGGCAGUCCUGGGAGGAUCUUUCCAACCCCAGAUAUGAGGUCCCUCUCCAGCUUAAACACCUCCCAUGGCUCCCCAGUGCCUCAGAAUACAUACAGGUCUCUUCCAAAGUCUCCUCAGGCUCCAACCCCAUGUCAUUUAUCCCUAGAGGUACUUUCCGGCCUCCACGCCUUUGUUUCCGGCCCAAGUUGUUUUUUACGCCAGAAACAGCCCCCUCUACUCUGGUUCAGACUCCUAUUCAUCCUGCAACGCCUCAGCUCUAAUGCCCCUUCUCCGCAUUUGCACUGCCCAAAUGAGCUGGGAGUGUCUGUGUUCACAUCUAUCCUCCCAGCCGACCCCACCAUGCUCAAACGGCUGAAUAUCCCCCUGCCCCGCUCGUCAAGGCUACAAUCUCUUGGAGCGCCUUUCCUCCUCUUUCCAACCGGUUUCCCGGCCAGGCCUGGUCCUGAUUUUCCGGGUGAUGCUGCCGGAUGCGGCCGGCAGGUGGCGCAGCGCCACGCAAAAGGCGGGGGUCGCAGACCCGGAAGCGCUCCAGGCCUUGACCCCGCCGGAAGUCCUCCUGCCCUGAACGGCGCUGCAGGGCCACAGGGGCGGCCAGUAACACGGUGACCCAAAGGAUUUGGGAACACAGACAUCCCCAUGCGCAGGCCCAGGCUGGGGCGGAAGCGGACGCGAUGCAGGAAGGGGCUCCAAGUGAACGGUGGCAAGGCUGAUGCCAAGCUGAGGGCACAGGCCUCCC